GGCAGCGCAGCCAGCCGAUCCGAUCGCAAGUAUCAUAACCUUCCGUGCCUGUCGCCAUGCGUCUCUCGUGCAACAUGGCGACCGGCAAGGGGCUCGCCGCGAUCCUCCGCCCGAAGACCAUCAAUCUGAUCGGGAGCAAUAAGCUGAGCAAGCUCUCGCGCGGCGUAUUGCGGCAAUGCGGCGGGUGCCAGCGACACGUGGUGACCGUCGCGUCGACUGUCGGCAGCUGGAGCCGCGAAAAAAACGUAGGAAGAAUAGUGCAGCCGCAUAGGGCCAUACAUCUAUCAAGUAGAUUAUUAGCUAAGCGUAACUAUUACGAAAUCCUGGGUGUCUCCAAGAACGCCGCGGCCAAAGACAUAAAGAAGGCGUAUUAUGAGCUCGCUAAGAAGUAUCAUCCCGACACGAAUAAAGGAGACCCGAGCGCCAAUCAGAAGUUUCAAGAAGUUUCCGAGGCGUACGAAGUGUUGAGCGACAGCACCAAGAGGAAAGAGUAUGAUACGUGGGGCGCAACCUCGGAGCAGAUGGGCAUGGGCCAGGGCCAGGGACCCAAGAGCUACAAUCAACACUGGCAGUACAGAUCGACCGUCAACGCUGAGGAAUUGUUUAGAAAAAUAUUCGGCGACGCCGGAUUCCAAAGUGGGGCCUUCAGCGAUUUUGAAGACUUUUCGGAAACGAAGUACGGCUUCGGGGCGGCUCAGGAGGUGAUAAUGAAUUUAACGUUCUCCCAAGCUGCCAGAGGUGUGAACAAGGACAUUAACGUGAACGUGGUGGACAAUUGCCCGAAAUGCGGUGGUUCGCGCUGCGAGCUAGGAACUAAGCCGGUAAAGUGUCAAUAUUGCAACGGUACGGGGAUGGAGACGAUAGCCACCGGUCCGUUCGUAAUGAGCUCGACUUGUCGAUACUGUCAAGGCACGAGGAUACACAUCAAGUUCCCUUGCACGGAGUGCAAUGCGAAAGGACAAACGGUGCAACGUAAAAAAAUAACGGUGCCAGUGCCAGCCGGAGUGGAGGACGGUCAAACGAUCCGCAUGGCGGUGGGCAGGAAGGAGAUAUUCGUGACAUUCCACGUGGAGAAGUCCCGAUACUUCCGUCGCGACGGGCCCGACGUGCACACCGACGCGGAAGUCUCGCUGGCGCAGGCGGUGCUGGGCGGUACGAUACGAGUGGAGGGCGUGUACGAGGAUCAGACGAUACAAAUAGUGCCGGGCACGUCGUCCCACACGCGAAUUCGCUUGAGCGGCAAGGGAUUGAAGAAGGUCGACGGACUGGGCUACGGUGAUCAUUACGUGAACGUCAAAAUCACCGUGCCGAAAAAGUUGACCGAGAAGCAGCGGGCGUUGUUUCAGGCGUACGCCGAGCUUGAGACCAAUACUCCCGGCAGUAUACAUGGUGUAACAUAUAAAACAGACGGUACGAAGGAAUGCUAUUCUGGUCCAUUGCACUUGGUGGAAUCUAUACGGAUAGCACUAGGAAAUACGUCUAAACCUAAAAAAAAUCACGAAAACCAGUCUUUAUCUUCUGAGCCCGAGCAUCCGGGGGACAAACCUCUUAAUAAUAAGUCCGUACACACCAAAGAUACGUCGAACGUCGAUAGUAAAAAUGAUACUAACGCUGGAAUGCAACGACAAAAAGUGCCCCAGUAAUCGCAGACGUUUAAAGCAAUCUGUAGAGAUCUAGAGAGUGCUGCUCGCGUCGUUACGUAUAAUAAAUAUGUAAAUCGUAUACGCGCUAGUAUCAUCAUGAAAAAUGGGAGUCCUUUUUCGGGCCUGAAAUUAUACGUAUACACUUUCGAUCAAGUUAAGAAAAAAAAAACAAGCAUGGAUUAUCGAUUAUGAGCGAAGUGAUGCCACCCUGAUGCCGUUUAGAUAAACGUAUAGCUGUACAGUCGUAUCAUAGCUUACAAGUUUGUCUUUAUUACAUCUUAUUUAAAUAAAGUGUACAUGAAGAUAAAUAUAUCUGUCUGUUGUUUAUCUUGAUCGAGACGAUGUAUAUUUGUAAAAUAAAUUCUCGGCACACGUA